UCGAACUUGUGGCAGGUCAAUAGUAUUCCUUCUACAGAUUAUUCUAGGCUUUGCGGUAGCUACCUAUUCUUAGUUUCGUUAGUUCCUCUUCUAGAAUAGUUCACGUUCAAUGUUACGUGCGCGCCAUCAAAACAAAACAAAGCCAACGUGCACCUGAAAACUCAUGUCGUGGGUUAUUGCGUGAAAUUCAGCGCUCCCAAAGAAAAAAAAAAGUGUCAUACGUGAUUCUUCAGAAGUAUUAGACAAAUUAGAAAAAUUGGUGUUCUCAUUGUGCGUUUAUUGAAAGCUUCUUACUUAUCAACUGAUAUCUGCAGGACGCACCUAGCUAAACUUCCCGUCUGAGAUCAAGGAAAGUCGCUCAAAAAAAAGAAAUGUCGCGCUAGUUGUUGAACCGAGUACCCCUACUAGAACGCGCAUAUUUUAAUGGGUCUCUAAAAGCUAAUGCGCGCUCAAUUGAUUAUUUGCGGCAAUACAUCUUCAACUCCAAUUUCUAAAUUUUAAAUCCACCCAUGAAGGAGGAAAGUCGUGAAGAGAUUGAAAAUCUGUACCAGCGAGGUGACUGGAAAUCUGUUCUAUGUCAUCCAUCCCUGAAAGAUUCCCUGUUAAUGUGGGUUGAGCCACAGUUGGAAGAUUUGGUAUUCUUGAGGAAAAUAACCGAGGCAACGGAAUGCACCAGGAUUGUGAGCGUGGGUGCAGGCUGCGGUCUCUUUGAAUGGCUCUUGAAAGCCGCCGUAGGAGUGGAGGUGAUCGGCCUAGAAAUAGAUUCAAAAUGGUGGAGAUCGCCUUAUUCACCGCCAAGUUUCAUUCCUCUGGUGUUUCCCGAAGAUGAGCAAUUCUUUGACUUGGCCGAGGAUGAAAACUCAGCACUGAUGUUCUGUUACUUUAACAACGGACCUGCAUUUAAUGAGUACCUGAAUAGAUACAAAGGAAACUGUGUUAUUAUCAUCGGCUCUGAGCGACACGGUGUCCACACAGACCCGAAACCGUUCGACUUACAGAAUUCCAGCUCAGGUUGGAGCUUGUACUCCUCAAAGAGAAUCAGCUUGUCGAAUGAUAUAAUGGUUGUGUACACUCGAAAUAAAUGUUCCUUACAAUGAACA